UCUCGCGGGCACCUGACCCAGUGCCCCUGGUGAAAUUUCCUUUCAAAUCUCCUGCACCGCCUGCCGUGAACUCUUCCCCGUCCUACUGCUGCGCCGCUUGGCGGAAAGUGAGCCUCUAAGCUCAGCCCUGGAGGUCAGCGGCCCCGCCGGUCCCGGCUGCCCCUCCUGGCGCGCUGCCCGGAACCCUCUGCAGGGGAGGGGGCGCAGCGAUUUCCCUCGCCCUCGCCCCAGAAGUGCCAGGGGCGGGCACGGGCGGGGUGCCCCGGCUCAUCAUUGUCAACCGCUGGAGCCGCAGGCCGGGAGCCCGUGCGUGAAUGACAGUUGGCGGGGGCGGCGGCUGGGGGGCCCGCGGCCCUGUGCCGGGCCGGGGAAUAGAGAGGGAGGAGUUCGGCCUCCCAUUGGCUGACCCGAGUGUGGGAAAGAAUGCGGAGCCGUGUUCACACACCCAGCCGCAGAGCGGCUUUAAAUAGAAAGGCGGCCUGCCCUGCGCGCAGGCCUGGAGCCGGAGACAAACCAGAGGGGGCUUGGAAGGCCGCGCGCCGGCCGCUCCCCGGCUAGCCCGCGCUGGGUCCCUGGUGGCGCGCUCCGCCCAGCACCUGGAAGCGCCGGGGCAAACCAUGCCCGCAGACCCUCCAGGGAAGCCAAGGCCCUCGCCGCUGGCAGAAGCGCCGGCCAUCUGCAGCCAGACCCCAGACAAGCCCCGGAGCGCGGCUGAGCACCGCAAGUUCUCCAAGCCGGUCAUGGAGAAGCGGCGCCAAGCGCGCAUUAAUGAGAGCCUCGCUCAGCUCAAGACCCUCAUUCUGAACGCCCUUAGAAAAGAAAGCUCCCGCCACUCGAAGCUGGAGAAGGCAGACAUCCUGGAAAUGACCGUGAGACACCUGCAGCACCUGCGCCGCGUGCAGCUGCGCUCAGCGCCCACCCCAUGGUCUUGGGCAAGUACCGCGCCGGCUUCAACGAGUGUCUGGCUGAGGUGACCCGCUUUCUGGCCGGCUGCGAGGGCGUCUCCGCUGACGUGCUCUCCCGCCUGCUCGGCCACCUGGCGGCCUGCCACCAUCCGGCCUCUCUGUCCCCCGCUGCUCCUUCGCCCGAGAGCUACAGGCCGCCUGCAGCUGGUAGCGCUGGAAGGCCCCUUUCUCUUGCUGCGCCCCGGGGCGGAUUUCCCGGGGCAGCUCCUGCCAGGUCUCACUGCGGACCUCCCGGCCGACCCCAGUGAGGGACGGCAGGGCCAGCACGGGCCCUGGAGACCACGGCUGAGAUGAGGCUGAAUCCCCUUUUAGGGCUGUGGCCUUUGCCGAGACUGUACCAGAAAAACGCAGAACACAUAUUUAUUCCUACAGGCUUCGUCAGGAGUUCAUGUUUUGUUUCUUUGUGAAGAAUAUGAUUUGGGGCUCGGUGCCAGCCACAUUGUGCACCGAGGCUGGCGGGUUGGAGCCAGGCCGGGACCAGCUAAACAACAAUGACAACUGCAACAAGAAAAUAGUUGGGCGCUGUGGCCGGUGCCUGUAGUCCCAGUUACUUGGGAGGCUGAGGCUUAAGAGAAUUGGUUAAGCCUAAGAGUUUGAGGUUGCUCUGAGCUGUGACACCAGAGCCCUGCUGUACCACAGCACUCUACAAAGGGUGACAAAGUGAGACUCUGUCUCACACACACAAAAAAAACACAAUACAUGAUUUGAUACCAUUGGCAGUCCAGCCCCCUGUGGCCCUGCUACUCUGAUGUCAGCUCCCUAGCUUGGGCAGCCCACUCCUCUCUCCUGGCCGGUAGAGGCACCUUUGUCUGCCCUUGAGUUGGAUCUGCCAUGGUCUGCUUGGGAGCCAGGGCAUACCUUGGGGUGGGUGCAUGAGGGGCUCCCCAGGAGGCUCAGGCAGGAAGGUGACGGUUGCCAAGCUUUUCAGAGUGUGUUUCAGCAUUGGAAGGCAGGUGUGCAGCAUCAACGGCAAGGGGCACUUAGUGCCUGUACUUGGGAAAGGGAGUCCUGCUUAUACCCUCCCCUCCCUGGAAAGAGAGGUUCUCCCCAGAGGUAUAGACUGGGAGUUCCUCACUAACACAAAUCGGGAGCACCUGCUGUUGGGUGCAGUACAGACACCAGACAGUGUUGGACACAUCCUGAACUGUCCUAGUCCCUGAGAUCUGCUACUCAGGGCUGGUCCAAGGUCUGGAGCCCAGACUGUAGAGUAUCUCAUCCUGAGCCCCGCUUGAGGCUGCACCAAGAUCCAUCUGCCAGCUGCAGCUGAGUUCAUUGGACAUUUGCCCACAAGCUUGCUGGCUGGGGUCCAUGGGAAGGAGGGUGAGUCAUUCUACUACAAGCCGGUCUAUCCACUCCUCCCAGGCUCCAGUCCAUGUCAUUCACCUAAGUGUGGUUAACCUAGGCCUCUCAGACACAGCCAUGCAUACCUAGCAGGAACAAGUCCCCACCAUCCCCACCAAGCCAGUCACCUCUGGUCUGUGCUUUGCCCACUUGUCAGGCAUGUAAGGGCUGAUUCAGUGAACUUGAAUAGGUGGGGAAGCCAUAUGGACCAAGCACUGUAUGCUUAAAUAUAUGCUCAUCAGUCUUGGCCCCAGGGGAGCCUCAGAGUAGCCCUUCCCCUUUCAGAGCCAGGUACCAGUUCUGAUGUUGCUAAGGUUGGAUCAGGUCAUGGCCUGUUUGGCAGGAGGGCUGGAGAGCGUCUCCAGGAGGGAGACACUCAGCUUGGUGUGGGGGGGUGGAGCUGGAGGGAGUUGCCUAGGGAAGUCCUCGAUACAGAAGUGGGCAGGGAGAGCCUGGGUACUUUGGGAAUGAAGCCAGGUGUGUGGGUAGAGCUGACCCCACAAAUCCUACAGGGAGAGGAAGAACCCUUGCUAGCCACCCAGCCACACCAAAAGGCAGUAGGUCAUCCUAUUCCUCCUCUCCCACAAGAGGGCAGCAACUUCCAAUGAUCAGCCUCCAAUGGCCCCCUCUCCCCUGCCACCGACAUUAUUUCCUGCCCCCUCCCCCCGCCACUGUUGCUAAAGGGAUCUUUGCAGUGGGGACCCUGCUUAGCCCUCUGGGGACCUCCCAGGCUCUGGGUACCACACCUUCAGACCACCAGCUCCUUAGGUCUCCAUGCUUGUACUCAACCAACCCCCUGGAAUUCUCUAUUUCCCACACAACUCUUGGACCAUCCCAUCCAUCAGGCUGGUGUGUUGUCUGGACCCAGCAGGACAGGCUGCACUUGUGUCCUCAGCACCUGCCUGGAACAGUGAAACUCAAUCCCUACUGAUCUAAUCAACUGAAUUGAAUGGCAGAGCUGGGUGGUUAGACUAAGGAGGCUCUAGGAAGCACAGCCCAGGCUAAGGCUGGGAUCCAGGGUGUAGGAGGCACCAGAGAGGCUGUUCUGGGUCCCCUUCUACAGCUACCCACUUUUGGGUCUCAAGAACAGCUGAGUCCCCCCCUCCCCCCAGUUUCUCUUACACCCAGCCAGGACACCUACUGCAACCUGCUUCCUGGGGUCCUAAAUAUAGCUGUUCCUCUCCAAUGGGGGGCCCUAACCUGACCUCCCACUUAAUUCCUGAUUCUGACUUCAGAUACAAGCCUCUGGGAGGUGGGUUCUGGACCAGUCCCCUGUCCCUUCUCUCCCCCAUCUAUUUUUCCAAUUAGCUUUUGUCUUACAGGGGUUUCCUGCUGAAUAAUAGGUGGUGCCCCUCCCGCUAGAGGAUGGUGUGUGGCUGACGAUGCUGGUCGUUGCUCUGAUUCAUGUGUUACAGCCUCUUUCCAGCCUGGUUCCUUACCCAGACCAAGGGCCAAUAAACAUUUGCUGAAAUCUUAA